GUCACUUCCUCAAAUGUGAUGUGAGGUGAUGUACUUAACCCUACCACCUCUUCUGAGUUCUUAUUCUGGUGUUUGGUGCACUGCUGAAAAACUCCUCCAUCUCUACCACCUACACCUUCUCAGGUAGGCCUGCAACAUAUGGAUGCAGUUUUACUUACUAUUCAUUAACUCAAACAUCUCUGAAGAUCAAUCUUUUUUCAUCCAGGAUUAAGUCACAUGUAAAAAAACAAGGGGUCACUGAUUUGAAUUUAGCAUCUUUGAUCCACUGGCUCGAGUUUCUUCUGUUUCAACUUAGUGAAUUGUUUCCUACUUUGUACAUGCUGAUGUUUCCCAUCACAACAGGGAGAGAGACAGCAGUAGACAGAAAUUAUUGACAUGCAUUUAGGCUCCUGAUAAAAUUACAGCUCACUCUGUAAAGGGUUAUUGAAUUAGGCACAGAGCAAAGAGAGGUCUUGUGAUGCACAUGCAGCAAAGCUGCUGCACCGUUUUGAGUUGAGCAUAGGCGCGGCUGCAGAUUUCAGGAAGUCUGAUCGAAAAAUGGAGGUAAUGCAAAAAUAAUUCUGAGUUUCUGAUGUGGGGGGACUGUUGUCGAAUAGUGCAGGGUCUGUUUGUUUUGCAGUUGCUUUCAACUAAACUUGUGAAUGAUUUGAAACCUCUUCAGGCUGUUCAGUUUUGAUUCCCAAGUCUGUAAACAGUGCAUUUGUUGCAUGGUUUUUAAAAACUUGCUGAUUCUUAUGCUUUUAAGUGUGUAAACUGUGAGAGAAUCAGUAAAAACAUGAGUGAGUGAAUGACAAAUAUGGCAACAGAGAAAGGUUGGUGGCUUCCUCUGAAGGAUGUGGUGUAACUGCUGCUUCGAGUGCCUCAUCUCCCCUUUCAGCUAAGAGCACAUGCAGCACGCCUGAUGAUGAAAAGCAGGUUCUUUCAUGUAAACCCAGUGCUGUUGUCUUGUACUGUGUUUAGCAGUCAUGUUUAAUUAGCUUACACAUAAAAUCUCUAUAGAAGACAAGGAAACACAGAAAGGGGGCUGCCAGCCACAGACAGACUAGAGGAAGCAGUUGUGAAAGAUUUUACUUCCUCUUUUUUAGCUUUCCUAUGUCGUGUCUUUGAGCUGUGUCGUCAGCUUUGUGUCUGUCAGUUUAAAUCCACAUGUAUCUGAAAGUAUAAAUGUUAAAGUCACCUCUAAAUUAUUCUCUUUGGCAUCAAGUGUGCAUUUUAAACAACACAGAGUCAUAAAUAUGUUUUAACUAAUAGGUUCUGUUCAUAUGGUUUUUGUGCUAACUGUUGCUUUUUUCCAGUUCACCAUGUCCAGACGGGUUGUGAGGACCAGUAAGUUCCGUCACGUCUUUGGCCAGGCUGUGAAAGCGGACCAAUGCUACGAUGACAUCCGAAUCUCUCAAAUGACAUGGGACAGCCUCUUCUGUUCAGUCAACCCCAAAUUUGUGGCCAUGAUUGUGGAUGCCAGUGGUGGAGGGGCCUUCAUUGUGUUACCUCUAACUAAGGUGAACUCCUGCUCAGGAAGUUAUGCUUGUGUUAGCAUAUAUAACAAAAAAAAAAAAAAAAGGCUGCAUCUCUAUGCGUCACUUCUCAAAACACCUUUUUUGGAUGUCUUUAUCAUUUCACAUGCAAAUUAGUCUUCAUUUCAAGAACACCAGCAGUACAUUUGAAAACUGAAUUCUGCCAGUCAAAAUCACACUUACAGCCAAAGAAGGAAGUUUAGGGCAGACUUAGUCUUUCUACACGUCACUCACUCUGCUGUCGAGAAGUUUUCACCAUAUUAGGACUUAUUUGUCUGCUCGGUAGGGCAGGAUGUGGCCCCAACCCGAUUACUCUGCACUCACUUUUUGAGUAUACAAUCGAUGUCUUACAGUUUCUUUAUUGCAUUUAAGAAUGUGUCUGAGAAAGGAGGAGAUACAUACCUUGUGGCCUUGUUUAUGCUUAUUUUAACAUCUGAAAAGUGUUUGAACUCAGAUGAGCUCCUCUUUGGGACACCUGCAGGUUACCUCAGACCUCUGAGAUGUUGAACAUGUUGAUUAUUUGGAGGUUAAAAAUUCUUUUUUCAUCCAUAUUUUGUAAACGAAACUCUUAAAUAUGUUUUCUUUACCCCAAUAAUUACUUUUGAUGGUGUCCCAAAAAUAACUUUAUUUAAUGUGAUAUGACGAUGGAUAAUUUAAGGCUAACUGUAAAACAGGGAUAAGUCUGUGGUGUUAAAGGUCUCAGUGAACCUUUCAGGAGAACACAUUGUUCAUGGUCUUAUUUCUGAUGGAUUAUAUUGUUCUCAUGGGGAAGAGUGCAAAAGGGACCAGUGAACAUAAAGAUUGCAAAAACUAGAGAGACAUGAAAAUAUUUCUUCUAUUUUUAGAUAAAUAUUAUAGAUAACAUCAGGAUUGUGUCAUGUUACUUUAAGAGCAAACAACUGAUAUAAAACCAACAAGAGAAACUACAUGGCCUCAGGUGGAACUGAAAGUAUGCUAUUUUAAGACGAUAGGUGUAAGUGGAGUCGUAGCUAUUAAGUUUCUUUCCUGCUGCUCCCACCUAAACUGAUUCAUUGUGUGAAUAAAACCUGUUACUACCUCAAAGCUGCCAAGUUUAUUCAGAAAAUGCCUUAGACUUUUAUUCACCUUUUUUAAUGGUUUGUUUACCUGCAGACUGGACGCAUUGACAUGUCCUACCCCACUGUGUGCGGCCACACAGGACCCGUCCUGGAAAUUGAGUUCUGUCCUCAUAAUGACAACAUCAUUGCCAGUGGCUCUGAGGACUGCAGUGUCAUGGUAGGCAAACGGAGUCUAUGUGGAUAACAUGUCCUUGAUCUAUGUAUGGUUAUGUGUGAAUUCAGCGUCUUUAAAAUUUUCUUCGGUACAUAGAUUUGGGAGAUCCCUGAUGGCGGGCUUACCACACCACUAACAGAACCUGUUGUUAAGCUGGAUGGACACUCCAAACGUGUGGGCAUCCUGAGCUGGCACCCCACCGCCCACAAUGUGCUGAUGAGUGCAGGUAUAACACCUUGUUCGCAGAUUAGCUGAUAGGAGAUUUUGUGCAGAAAUGUGGCUGGCUAUUUCUUGUUAUUUAUGUAAUUACAGUGUAUAACAAAGCUUAAUACAUAUUUUUUAUGAAUAUCAUUGAUAUGAGGAUUGUGGAUUAUUAAUUAUUUUCGUUGAUUUUAAUGUUUCAAUAUAACAAUGGAGAAAGGUAGAAGUGGGGUCGUAAGCAAAUUUUCUAUGAGUGAAGUAUUGUAUCCUAUCAUAUCGUAUUUUAUUGUUAUAUUCUUCUAUAUAGUUUUGUAUCAUAUCUUAGCCUUGUUACCCUGUUCAUUCAAAUCAUAUUGUGUGAAAUUGCAUUAUUUAUCCUCCCCUAAAAUAUCCAACUCUGUCUACGUACCCUAUCACAUUAUUUCUUGUCAUUUUGUAUUGCAUGAAUCUUACUAUACCUCAUUUUACCUAUAGUAUCCUUUUGUGUGGUAUUAUUUCAUAUCACAUAACAUCUAGUUUCAUGUCGUUUCUUCUCUUAUCUCUUUUCAGUCAUUUGAGUCUCUCACCAUAUAGUAUUAUAUCUUGUUUUAUUGUAUGUUACAAUACCAAAUUGUGUCAUAAAGUAUCCUAUCUUCUAUCUUAGUUUAAUCUAUUUACUCUUAUGCUGCAUCACCGUAACCAACUUUAUCUAUUUGUAUCAUCUCAUAUCAUAUCAUUUCAUAUUGUGCCAUAUCAUAUUGUAUUGUAUCAUUUUAUAUGGUGUGGAAUCAUAUCAUAUUGUAUCAUGUCAAGUAAUGUUGUAUCACAUCGUAAACUUCUGAUAAAUCUCAAAGAUGAAUUGAUGAGUCACACCCACACUCAGCUCAACAAGAAAAUUUUAUAGCAUCCAUACACCAUCUUUACAAUACCAGUGUAUACUAUUGGUUUGCCCAUUAGUCUCCAGUCCUAACAUGAUUUGAUGCAUGUUAACCCAUGUUAAUAUAUAUAUCUUUGCAAUAUAAUGAGUGUUUACAAGACAACAACCAUUUUAUAUUCUAUGUACUUUUUCAACUUCAAGUAAUAUAUCACAGGAAAACGAUGUCUGAAAGUGUUUUGUCUUAUCAGUGUAGAAUUAACAGCAUGCUUCCCACAGCAAUUGUUUUAUCGCUGCAAAAUGAGACUAUCCAGCAGACAGACUGACCAGCACUCUCAUAAAAACCUGACAGCAGUGUUUCAGACUCCACAUUAAAUAAACUCCUAAACUUCUGAAUGACUCACUGCUUUGGUGCCCAGUGUACUUUUGCGCUUGUGUUGAAGAGUAAGCUUGUCCUGAAGUCAUGGAGCCACCCCUGAUGAUGUCUUGUUUUUCCCAAAAUGGGAAUAUUAUGAUAACGAUGUCCGAUAAAGUGCAGAAAAAUGUUUGUAAGAAUAAAACAGCAGAAAAUGACUGCUCAGAAACCUGUGGGAACACAUGGUUAACUCAUCACUACAACUCCUCUCUUUCUUCCCUGUGGUCGCGCUGUGUCCCCUCAGGCUGUGAUAACGUGGUGAUCCUGUGGAACGUGGCUUGUGGGGAGGCGGUGGUGAGGAUCGACACUGUGCACACUGACAUGAUCUACUCUGCCUGCUGGAACAGAGACGGCUCCCAGAUCCUCACCUCCUGCAAGGACAAGACAAUGCGGGUGCUGGACCCCCGCAAGGGAACUGUCCUCAUUGUAGGUUUCAUUUUCAUUGUGGCACAUUUUCAUUGUCAUUGAAACUGAACUGAAAAAGUCUUUGGUAAUCAUUCUCUGCUGACGUCUGAGUGACAUUUGAAUCAAAUACUAACUUGGACUCCGACUAGGGAUUAAUUCCUCAGAUUCAUGACAUUAUUCUGUUAAAUCUUUUCUUUGCAAUGAACUUUUUAUUAAUCCAUUAAAGAUCAGAAACCAUUAUCAAAAAAAGCUUUUACCAAGUUCAGGAAAAAUUAAGAGAAGAAAAGCAAGGAAAAGGCACUCUGCAGCUAAAUUAGUGGUUUUUAUUUGAUCCAUGUCUGCAGCAAUGUUUUGAUCAUUCCUAUUUCAUGACAUUAUUUUAGCCCUCAUUAUAAUACAACAAUCACAGUUGAUGUUUUGUGGAGCAAGUAUGAGAUAAAACAGCGUCUAUGCCAAUGAUAAACAACACUUCUUAGUUUAGAUGUAGGUGUGUGUGUUUGAUUCUGGUUGUUUGCUACAGAUCAUUGGCUUUGAUUUUGAUUUCUUUAGCUUUCAGCCUCAUAUUUAGAAAUCUUACUCAGCUGAAUUACUAUCAUUCAUAAUUCUGGUGUAUUCUUUUGCCCUGGGAUAAAACAUGAGACGUGAAUUGAUUAAAUAUUUUUCAAACAUGUGCUAAUCUAUGGUCUCAUCCAUCUCUGCUCUGCCCACAGGAGAAGGAGAAACCUCACGAGGGUUCCCGGCCUGUCAGGGCUGUGUUCGUAUCAGAUGGGAAGAUCCUCAGUACCGGUUUCAGCCGUAUGAGUGAGAGGCAGGUGGCACUGUGGGACCCGGUGAGUGUUUACAUCCUUACUGUUGCAUUUUGCUUUUAAAGUUCAGAUUAGUCAUCCAGUUAGCCUUUGUGCAACUCUAGAAUUACUUUAGUUAUUCAUUGUUUCACAACUGGCAGCUUACAACAUUACAGGUGUUGUUGUUGUGCAAUGUAGUAUCUCAGUCUUGAUGAAAUGAAUCCUUGGCUUACCUGCAGUCUGCUGUAGCAGUUGUGGGUUAGUUCAUAAUCUUUCACUGGUUGUAACUUCAAAUUCAAUUCCAUGUAUCUGAUUCUGUGUUGGUAGAAAAACUUUAAGGAACCGCUGACCCUGCAGGAACUGGACACCAGCAGUGGCGUCCUUCUCCCAUUUUUUGACCCAGACACUGGAGUUGUCUACCUCUGUGGCAAGGUCAGACUGAAAUGUUGAAACAAAGCCCCUCCUUUCUGUGUCUGUCUCAUGCACAUGGAAACACACAGCUGACUUGUACAUCUUUGUCACAGGGAGACAGCAGCAUCCGUUACUUUGAGGUGACAGAUGAGGCUCCUUAUGUGCACUACCUGUCCAUGUAUAGCAGCAAGGAGAGCCAGAAAGGGAUGGGAUACAUGCCCAAGAGGGGUCUGGAGGUCAACAAAUGUGAAAUUGCCAGGUAGAGACUUUAAUGUGUUUCAAAAUAAGAAGUAGCUUGGUGCUUUAUAGUUUAAAGCUAUAGUGCGUAACUUCUGUCGCCCCCUAGAGGAUUUCUGCGUUAUUUCAACGAUACAUGUACACUAACACUCACCUGACACAGCAUACUGUUUAUCACAGUACACAAAGUAACACUGGCUACAAAAUGUGUACAGCUUGACAGGUUACAUGGAGAAACACUUUCGACACACCACAUGCUGCUGGUCACGGACCACUGAACACAACGUGUACUUUUCGUCACAGUACAUGGACUGUAACUGUCUACACAACCUGUAGGCUACUAAAGUUACUCGUCACAGCACACAGACUCCCCGAAUUAAGUUACACACAGAAACACAGGCUACACACCUUAUAACUUACUGCUCGUUAGGCUAACGUUACACAAUGUGGUGAACACCAGACUGCUAACAAUACAUGACAUUCAUAGCACCAUUUCCAAGAAAAUACUAAAGUACUUGGUCAAGUACAUGUAACAGUAACACAUCCUGCUCGUAAUAAACGGAGUCACUUACUUAUCCAGCAGUAUCAAGGCAAAAUCAGUGUUGGACCUCAGUCCAAUCUCCUCCUUCAGGACUCUCUAUCGAGGAAAAGCAACGCUGAUGUAAAUCCGUUAGUCUUUUCUCUUUCUUCGCCAACAGACCAUCAGCCGAACGAGAGGGCUUUUUCUUUUUAGUAGAAUCCACUUCUGAACCUUUUGGUCGCUUCUUCGGGUUCUCUGCCAUCUUGUUCUAGCAGCACUCUUCUCCCCCCUCCCUUCUUGUCAGGUAAAACCGAGUAGUGGAGGAAUGUCGCCUCUUAACACCAAAUACCAAAAAGAACAGAUACUGAAAAAUACUGCGAGUUGUUAGAGGAACUGAACGGCUUACUCAGUAUUGUGUCAUCUCAUCUUGUAGUGGCUUGAAAAUGUAGAAGUUAGGUAGGUAGUGCAGGUGGUAAAUAUCAAUAUCACAAAGAACAGGUCCUUUCAUACUUAAGCUGACAUUUAUGUGCUCAGUUCAUGAACUGUACCAACACUGAUAAUCCCAUGACUUUUUAUUUGGCACAAACACCUGGACCUUUACAAGUAAUGACACUCCUGUCAGUUUUGUCAAGCAGUUCUGACCAAAUUUUAGCCUACAACACCCUGUGUACUGUGACAGCUCACAGAUUAAAAACAUACCAGUCUAAACAAGAUAGACAGACAUUUUUUGACAUUGGUUACUUCAGAAGCGCUAAGUUGCUCUCUUAAAUAGAAAUGGAUCUGAAAAAUUGUGUUCCCCAGAGAAAUUAAUCUUACAUUAAUAUUUUUAAACAAUACAGCUCAAAAAAUUUCCCAAACUUUAGAAGCUGUCAAACUGACUUUAGGAUGUUGGGAUGACUUAUGGAGCUGGCUGACUGAUGUUAGAGAGCUUGAAUGUGAACCUUCCUUUUCAUGAACUGAUUUUUCAAUCACUCCACCUCAUGAAUAAAUGUGUGACUGUGGCUUUAGUGUUUUCUGACCUCGUGCUAGGCUGCCACAAAAGAUUUUUUGAUAUGAACAAUUAUCUGUCUUUAGAUUCUACAAACUUCACGACAGGAAAUGUGAGCCCAUCAUCAUGACAGUGCCACGCAAGGUACAAACUAAGGAUCUUAUGAGAAUGUAAUGAGUAUUUAUAUGGUUUAUAUGGUAACUUGGACUUUCCAUCUCCAUACAGUCGGAUCUGUUCCAGGAGGAUCUGUACCCUGAUACCAUUGGUCCUGAGCCGUCAGUUGAGGCAGAUGAGUGGUUUCAGGGAAAAGAUGGUCAACCCAUUCUGAUCUCUCUAAAAGACGGGUUUGUAACAACGACCAAAACCAAAGAGUUCAAAGUCCACAAGAGUCUCCUGAAGACUACAUCUGCUUCUUCUGGGAAUCAACAGGGAGGUAGCGAGGUGAGAUAUUAAGGGAUAAACACAUGCACGAACGCACACCAAUAAUUUCGUGUUUUAACUGUCCCAUCUGUGUGAGCUGCAAUGAAGGAAGUCCAUUUAUUGAUAUUUCAUAGGUAAAUUUUACAGUUUUAACUCCAUUCACAUUCAGAAUGUUAAGACCGUUUUUUCAAUUCAUGAGAUUUUACUAGACUGUUAAAUUCCCUCUGAAUUAAAACAUGGGGCUUCCAUUCUGCAGGCUCUGUGUGUUACAAGGUUACAACUACCUUCACUUGAAGGAACAGUAGCAGUGAAGUCCUUCUUAGACACAGGUUGUAAAUAUGAUGACUCAAAAAGGGGAUAUUUAUGGUGAUAUGACACAUGUUGAAGCCUUUUCCUCUGUAUAAUUUUUAAAUUUGCAAGCUCAAUUUUCUACACACCGUCCUUGAUUAGCUGUAAAUCUUUGAAUUAAAUUUGUCCAUAUAGAAAACAUUAACCCCCUGUUUUUAUUUGUGUUUCUGUGCAGGAGGUGCAGUCUUUGAAAAAGGAGGUGAAAGACCUGAAAGCAGCAAUAGAGGAGCUGACCAAGCGUGUGAGCGAGCUGGAGAGCAAGCAUUAAACUAGAGGGGGUGUGGGAACAAGGAAAUUAAACAAGAGCAGAAGUUAGGAGAUAAAACACCAAAGUAUUGAAAGGAAAUAUGGCUGUUGUAACUUCUCAUUGGAGUGGGACAAAAGGGAGAGAGUUCAACAGCUUAAAAAUGUAAUGUCAUUUGACUUAAGCUCGGAGCUUGAAUUAGUUGUUGGGUAGUCGUUUCAGAUUUAAGAAAUUCUUUGUUUAAUAUAUGCUUUUUGUUUGAAAUAAAGUCUUCUGUAUUUUGGAAAAAGAUAGUUUGAAUUUGUUUUGUUAAACAUAUAAAACACAAGAAACACCAACUUGACUUUAACAUGUUUUAAUCCUUUAUACUCAUCAACAUACAAAAUGAGAAAAAUAAAACAACAUGAGAUUAUUAUACAGAACUUUCUUAAUGUUAUGGCUGUUCAGAAAUGACAUAUUUGAGACAUGAGUGCACACAGAUGCUCCCUGAGGCCGGAUGAGAUGAAUUUGGCUGAGGACUGUUAUAAAACAGCUUUUUUUCUGAUUGAAUGAAAGAAACAGAAAGAGACUGAAAACAAACAAACAUUUUAAGACAUUGGAUUUUAUAGGAUACAUUAACUUAAUGUAACUAUUAGCAACUAGUGCAUCUCACAAAGCUGGCUGACCCUUUUAUGAUGAAAUGUUGAACUUUGAUCUCUGCAUUUCAGAGAACCUUCUUAAAAAUAAAUUCAUUUACAUUUUUACCAUUUUGGAUUUCAUUUAUUACUAGUUUGGAUCUAAGUUAAGGACAAAUAACCAAUCAAAAGCAAUUUCAGGUUUUUCAGAUGUUUUUGACUGACAAAAUGUUGUCUUAAAUCUCAAAGGUAGAGCUUGUUCUAUCUGUUUCCCUUUCAAAAAGCUUGUAAGUGUAACCCAACACCAACUAACAAAACAGUUUAAAACUUAAAACAUCACCAAGAUAACUGUGAAUAUGCAGGAAAACACUGAAAACAUGUAUUUACAAUCACUUUUUCCCAUUUUCUCAAAAACAACUCCUGGUGUCAGCUACUAGGUGUGCUCACCAGUCUUUAACCAAAUCAGACCCCCUCACACACCAGUCCCCUACAGAAUAAAACUACACGUAGUUUUUGUUGGGGGCAGACGCACUGUUGCUGUAGUACUUGGCGGUUCCUCCAGAGCUGGACUUUGGUCGGCUGAAGCAGCAGAGCAGACCUCCACCGAGGAGCAGCAGCACACCAGCACCCCACCCCACAUAGAUGCAGGCUCCCAGCUCUCUCUUCUGUGAGGCAAGCACUAGUGGGUCGUUGAACUGCCGCACAAUGAUGUUGGCAGACCAGCUGACGGGAAUUAUGACCAGCAGGCCAGCAAGCAGAAGGCCCACCCCGGCCACCAGGCUCAUCUUGGGCUUGGCGUCUUCGUUUUCUAUGCAGGUGGUAAAGUCGGCCCCGCAGAAGAGGAUGAGGAGGCUGAUGAUGCUGAGCAUGCAGCUGAUGAUGGUCAUGGCGCGAGCGGCCUGCAGAUCAGAGGAUAACACCAGCAGGGAGUCGUAGUUCUUGCACUGCUGCUGGCCUGUACUCUGCACCACACACUCCGACCACAGGCCUUGCUGGUUGCUCUGCAUAGACACACACAUAGAAGGGGAGAUGAGAGUCACUUCCACUACCACAGAUAAGAGCGUAACUUUUUCUAUAAACUUCUUCAUGAUAAAUGAAAAAGUUACGCUCUUAUCCAUUUCAUGUUCAGCUUCAGAGAUUCCACCACUUUGUUUUGUAUGAAAAGUAACUUGUAAAUAAAUAAACAAACUUCCUCAAA